AUGUUGUGUAUUACAGCGUCUGCAUUAAGAGGAGUGGGAAUUCAACAUGCUCAGGUACGCUCUGCUUUCCCAUCAGCUGCAACACUUGCCGCUGCUGGUCUUGUAAGGCCGACUUUGUCACACGCAGCUGCUGCACUUCAUGGUUUUACGCCGGUUUACUAUGACACAUUUUUAGCCGCACAAGCAGCUGACCCAAGUUACCGACUUCAGGCCGCUGCAGCCGCUGCAGCAGCUGCAGCUUCACCGUUGCUGAAAACUCCUUUAUCUACUCAAGCUCAACAAGCUAGUUAUGCGGCAGCAGCAAGUUACACGGCAGUUGCUGCCAGAGCUUAUGGAGCUGCAGCCGCUGCUGCCGCUGCACAACCUGUUGCAGGAUAUGCCGCGGUCACCGGGUACGGAAGGGAUUUUGCCGAGCCUUACCUUGCCAGUCACAGCAUCGGACCCGUUACGGGUUACGGAGUGAGUUGA